AUGAGUGGACAAGCUGCUAGUUAUUAUGACCCUGGCCAGGGCUUUGAUGGCCCAGGUCAAUCAGCUCCUUACGAGAAAAAGAACGACAAUUACACGAAUGGUUAUGAUCAGCGCAAUAAUGGUAAUUACCAGCCACCAGUCAAUUACCAACAACAACCAGCAAACUACCAGCAACCGGCAAACUAUCAGCAACCUGGUCCUGAGCAGAAGCCUCAGCAGCCUCCGUACCCUGAUAAUCCACCCCCCUACAGUACAUUUGAUGAAGCUUUCAAGAUCGAGAAGCCCAAGUACAAUGAUAUCUGGGCGGGUCUUUUGUUGAUUGCUGUUUUCCUGGGCUACGUCGCAGUGUCCGGAGUGACCAUCCACAAGUAUGCCUCGAACAAGGGAUUCAGUGGAGGUGGUAUCUACGAUUCCUCGAAUGAUUUCUCACUUAACACGAACACUCUGGUGCUCUUCAUCUUCGUCCUUUGUGUCGCUCUCGUCUUCUCAUGGGCGUAUUUCAUGGCCGCUCGAUAUUUCACGAAAACUUUCAUCUGGGCCACCGGAAUUCUGAAUAUCGUUUUCGCACUCGCAACCGGAAUCUACUACAUUGCCAAAAAGCAAUAUGGAGGAGGAAUCGUGUUCCUCGUUUUUGGCGUCUUCGCGAUCAUUUGCUUUAUCAGCUGGAUUCCGCGUAUCCCCUUCACGGCUUUCAUGUUGCAGACGACUAUGGAUGUUGCACGCAAUUACGGCCAUGUCUUCCUCGUUAGCGCACUGGGAGGAAUAGUGACCGUGGCGUUUGCCGCCUGGUUUUCUGUGACUUUGGUUUCGAUCUAUGUCGCCUACGAGCCUGACUCCUCUGGCAUCAACCCAGCCUGUGCGAACGGCGGUUGCAGUACCGCCAAGGUUAUCGGGUUGACGGUGUAUGUGACGUUCGCUAUGUACUGGUUCAGUGAGUGGAUCAAGAACACUGUGCACACAACCAUUGCUGGCGUGUACGGAUCGUGGUACUUCUGGAGCAAGUCUGCCGGUGGAAUGCCAAAGGGCUCGACUCGUGGCGCCUUCCGACGGGCAACGACCUACUCCUUUGGUAGCAUCAGUUUUGGCAGUUUGAUCAUUGCCUUUAUCAACAUGCUUCGCCAAGCAUGCUCGGUCGCGCAACGACAAGAAGCCGCACAAGGGAACAUUAUCGGCAGCAUCUUUUUCUGCAUCUUGGGAUGCUUCAUCUCGCUGCUUGACUGGCUCGUCACGCUAUUCAAUCGCUAUGCCUUCUGUCACAUCGCCCUUUACGGCAAAGCCUACAUCCCAGCAGCUAAAGACACCUGGAAGAUGAUGCGGGAUCGGGGAAUUGACGCCCUUGUGCAAGACUGCUUAAUGGGUCCUGUUUUGACUAUGGGCUCAACUUUCGUUGCUUACGUCUGCGCGCUGCUGGCCUAUCUCUACCUGCAGUUCACCAAGCCUGCUUACAACACCGACGGUGACUUUACUGCCGUUAUCAUGGCCUUUGCCUUUGUGAUUGGUUUACAGAUAUGCCAGGUCUUUAUGACCCCCAUUGGCAGUGGCGUUGAGACAAUCUUUGUUGCUAUGGGCUGGGAUCCUCAGGUCAUGAUCAACGAUCACCCGGAUAUCUAUUACAAGCUGGUAGAGCUAUACCCUCGUGUGCAGCAAGCCAUUCACGCCUAA